AUGAUUUCUGUUAAGAUUGGUCACAUUUAUCAUCGACAGACCCUGAAGAACCAGGCCAAGAGUUUUGUAGAUUCUCAAGUAUCAAUUCAUGGUAUUGGAGUUCAAAGUCAUUUCGGGUCCACAGAUAUAGAUAUGACUCAACUCAAGUAUCGCCUGGACAAGGUAGCCGAGGCAGGUCCUCCGAUCUGGGUGACAGAAUUAUCUAUUAAGGGCAGUAACUUCACGGCAAAGGCUCAGGCCCUGGAAGACGUCUUGACAAUGUACUUCAGUCACAAAAAGGUGGCGGGCGUCAUUCUAUGGGGUUUCUGGGGAGCGUCCCUCAAGUGGCAAGCUAAUGCCGCGACACCGACGGUUGUUGUGAACAAAGCUGGGAAUAAAUACAUGGAACUUGUAAACUCCGAAUGGAGAACUAACUGGACAGAAAAGCUGAAAACGUACAAGAACCGCAGAUAUUUCAAGGGACAAUACUCCAUCAAAAUCAAGAAGGACGGGGUGACCUUGAAAACCAUUGCAUGACUUUGAAUUAUUGAAAGACCGUAAGAUGGAAACUAAAAAUAAAAGGAACAACUGCCUCUCCAACGAUAUCAGCGAGGCUGAACUGAACAGACUCCUCCAAUAUUGAGAUGCAUGUUUCCACUGAGACUGAUAUUUAAAUAAGAACAUUUGCUCUUAUUUUGAAAUAGAAAUAUUUCAUCCCAAAA